UAUUGUGUUGCUUGAUAUCUAAAAUAAGAUUUUAAAUUUUUUUGGGAUAUAAAAAGAGUUUUUUUGUGAUAUCAAAGAGAACAGAAGUGAAAUGUCGAGAAAAUCGUGAAAAUUUAAAAGCAAUGAUAUAAAUAAAAGAAAGUGAAACAAAAAAGAAUUAAAAAGAAACAUUGAAAAAAUGAAAAAAGUUCACAGAGUUUUAGUUGCAGUUUAUUUCUUCUGCAAAUACGUAAUUGCCAACGAAGUCUUUCCAUGUGGCCAAGAAGAGCUUAUUCAAUGCUCAAAACAAAUCAGAGCGUUAACAGAAACAUCAGAAUUUAAUUUCGUUGAUAACAAAGAAGAACUGGAUCGUGUUUGUCCGGAUUUGCACACCGGAUUGGAAUGCAUUCGCAGCUAUACAAGACGUUGCAUGAGUCAACAUGAAAGAGAACACUUCAGAAAGCUUUAUUUUGGCACAAACGAAAUGAUAAAAGAUUUGUGCUCGGAAGGAACGUAUCAGGAAGGCACUUUAAUUAUAAUUUUUAUUUUACCUUUGGCAGAUUUUCUACGAUACGCGCCAUGCAUGAGAAAGGUUAAGAAAGAAUACGAGAAAUGUGCGGAAUCUUACAAACACAAUAUGGAAAAAAUCAACGAGCAGAAAAGUGCAGCAAUCGCUCUAACAACAUCAACAACUACAACAACAAUGAAUCCACCGAGAAUUGUCCAAAUUAGUUUAAUGAAAAGGCAACAAUCGAGUCAAUCAAAUUUUGUGUCGCUUGAAUCAACUACAUUAAGCUCAUUGAGAAAUGGCUCUAGUGAGACAGUAGACCAAGGAGAAGUUCAAAUAAAAACUGUUUGCUGUGCCUUUCAAGAAUACAUGAAGUGCAGUGAAAAUGCCGUAGAAAAAGCAUGUGGAGCUGAAACAGCUGAGUUUACACGAAACUUUCUCGAUAAAAUGCUUUCAUCGUUGAUACGUCUACAUUGUGACGAACCUGAGAUGCGACAAUGUGAAGAAUAUUCAUCAAGCCACCAAAUAAUUUCAUCUUCGUUCAGUAUUAUGUUACUCAACAUAGCAACAGCGUUUGUCUUUCACUCGAAAUACUCGUUUAAUUAGCUUUUGUCUAGAAAAAAACUAAAAGAAUUAAGUUAAAAUUUCAAGUUAAAAAACAUGAAACACUUUAUUGUCAAUACUAAAAAAUUAAAUAUUAGUGAAAAUUAUAUUGAGAAAUGUAAACGACAUCAAUAAAAAUUUGUAAAUAAAU